AUGAAGAGCUUCACUGACACAAUCACCAUUAUCAAUAAGAAUAGAGAAAACCAGAUCUUAGGCCUGCAGCAGGAGAUUGAACAUUUAUACAGACAGAUAACUAUGCUGAACCUGGAGAUCUCAUUACAAUUAUUCACAACCUCUUCAGAAGUGUACACAUCAUCAGAGACUGCUGUGCAGGAUGAGAAUCUGAGCAUGAAAUACAUCAAGCUGAAAGAUCUGCUGAAGUCAUCAAGCUUUAAUGAUGACUGA